GCGUCAGCUGAGCGGGGCUAUAAACACCAGGCGGCGGCGUCACUGCUAAUCCGAUUCAGUCGCAACCUUGUGGAUAUUUACAUGCGACACGCUAAGCUACUCUUCGUCCGUUUGUCGCGACAGCGCCUGCGGCAGCUGUGAUACUUAAAGCCCUCCAGAUCGACGCCCGAGGCGAGAUGAACACGCCGGCCUCCCGAGCCCUCUGGACCUGCGAUCGCUUCUGGCAGUCCGAACCCGCGCUCCUGCCCCCAGGGUGACGCUCAGUGCCUCCGCCCAGACAGAUGGCCCCAGGCCAAGUGCCUCAUCACACCGGGCCCUGGCGGGAUGCCCACUCCUUGUACCUACUGUCCCCGCUGAUGGGUUUCCUGAGCUGGGCCUGGAGCCUCCUGAGGGGCCCAGGACCCCAACAGUCCUGGCUGCUUGAAGACAGAAUAGGAGCAGAUGAGAUAGAAGCUGGAGUGGAGGGAGACAGCAGAGCCCCUGAGGAGGGGGAUGGAGAGGCAGCAACAGGGCCCAGCCUCGACCUGAAAGCCAGCAGUUCUGCUCCUGAAGCCUGGGGACCUUCCUGUGGUGAGGAUGUAGAGUACAUCGAGGAAGAAGCAGACAGGCAGCCACCAAGGGAACUCACACACGGCCAGCCUGCACCCCUGUCCCCCAGCCUGCUGCUAAGUGCCCUGCAAGGUCCUGAUAAGAGCCCCGAAGAGGAGCAGGCUGAAGGAAGGGAAGCUGCCGAAGAGGAGAGAGAGUCCAAGUCGUCUUAUCUUUCAUCACACUGCCAGGGUGGUCCCUGUAGGGAGGAGGAGGACAGGGAAGCUGUCAACAAAGAAGCUGGUGCCACCUCUGCUUCCUCUUUGGCCCCAGGACUCAAGCCCAGCACUUGGCUGUGUUGCCCAGGGGAGGAAGAGAGGCGAGCCACGGAGGACAAAGAAACAGAAAAUAAAGAAGCUGGGGAGACCCCCAUCUCUCCCUGGAGGUUGGGCUCCUGCCCCUUGGCCUGGCAGACUUGCUCAGGAGGAGCAGCUGAGAAAGACUCACAGGCCAGAGAAGCAGCUGAAAAAGGAGAAGCUGACCCAGAGCCAUGGCCCUCAGUUCCCACCCAGGGGCUUCUGCUUGGGACCUGUGAGGAUCAACCCAGAGAGAACACAGAGGAAGAGGAGGAGGAGGAAGAUGAGGACUGGGAUUCCAGAUGGGCUGAGGAAGAGAGAGAAUCAGAGGAUUCUCCUACCCCUACCACAAAUGCCUUUCUGAGAGCCUGGGUGUAUCGGCCAGGAGAGGACACAGAGGAAGAGGAGGAGGAGGAAGAUGGGGACAGAAAUUCAGGUUCAGCAGAAGAGGGAGAAGCUGAGGCUUCCUCCUCCACCGGCCCCUUCCUGAGGGCCUGGGUGUACCGGCCUGGAGAGGACACAGAGGGGGAAGAUGAGUGGGAGGAGAACCAGGACACAGGUGAUUCAGGAGCAGCUGAGGAAGACGGAGAGGCUGACUGGGGCCCGCGCUCCUCCCUUCAGCUCCGGGGGGGCCCGGGGAGGGCCCGGACAGCCCCACCUGGAGGGGGGACAAGGGAAGAGCACGCUGCUGAGGCCUGGGCUGGAGCUGAGCCCCGCCCCCUCGCGGUGGCCAUCUAUGUCCCUGGACAGAAGCCCCCGGCUCCCUGGGCUGCUCCUAAGCUGCCCCUCCGACUGCAGAGGAGGCUCAGGUUGUCAGAGACCCUCACCCAGGAUCGGGACCCUGAAACUCCCCAAAAGGAUAGAAAGGUGCGCUUCUCUGAGAAGGUCAUCGUGCAUCUCCUGGCUGUAUGGGCUGGGCCCGCCCAGGCCGCCCGCCGAGGCCCCUGGGAGCAGCUCGCCCGAGAUCGCAGCCGCUUCGCCCGGCGCAUCGCCAGGGCCCAAGAGGAGCUGGGCCCCUGCCUCACCCCUGCUGCGCGGGCCCAAGCCUGGGCUCGCCUGGGGAACUCACCCGGGUCCCUGGUCCCCACACCUGCCCCUCCACAGACCCCGCCUCCCUCCCCCGGCCCAGUCCCGGCCCCGCCCUUGAUCCAAGCCCUGGCCUCAUCCUGUCCCUCUGCUCCAGCUCAGGCCCCGCCUCCCUGCCUGGAGCUCAGUGGGAGGCGUGGUUAAGGCCAAGGGGUUGUCUUAUUUAACUGCUUUUCAGUGUUGCUUUAUUUAUAUCAGAAAUAAAACCUUCUCACUGGGGAUUUAGCUCAGUGGUUCCGGCGCCCGCCUCGAAAGGGUAAAGUCCCGAGUUCAAUCCCCGGUACCCCCCAAAAAUAAAUAAAAUAAAUAAAACCUGAUUUGUAAUGAGCAAUGUCUCUGCGUGUGCAGUGACUGUCCUAUCCCUGGGUGCCUGAGGUCACGGGGGCGCGGGGGGGGGGACAUAAAAGCCCGCACCCCUGCUAGAGAACAAACCACAGUUCCCAUCAUCCCUCCAUGUCUGGCCUAGUGGAUUUUGUAGAUUUUCUGUAAUAUCUGCCUGUAUUUCAUAACUUGGGACAGUUAUCUCUCCAGACGGGCUAGAGUUUAACUUACCUCUGAAAAGAGAAUGCUAAGUCUCUUUUAAUGUAUGUCUCUUCUAAUGUAUGCCUCCCCACAGCCUCUCAUUCUCUGCUGAGUUUCCCAAGACUUAUCUGUUGCCUGAUUUAACAUUUAGGAGCCUAGGCCUGUAGACUCAGUUUCCUUUUCUGAAUGGUAUUGUAGAUAGGUAUGUUAUGUUAGAUAGCUUUUUUUUUUUUUUUUUGGUGCCAGGUAUUGAACUCAGGACCUUGGGCUUUCGAGGCAGGCAGCAGCACCACCGAGCUAAAUACCCCGGGCCUAUGUUAGAUAUCUUGUGAGCAGUCAAUCUGGGCUGGCCCUCAAGGAGUCAAUUAUCAAAGACAAAAGAGACACAUUCACUGAAGGUUGGCAUAAUAAAAACAGAAACUGCUACACCCACAUACUUCCUCUAAGGAUGAAUAGCAGUGAUUGAUAAUCUAAAUAGGUAUCAAUCAUCUGGGUGGGGGACUAAGACCUUAAUCCUGCUUCCAAGAAAGGUCUCUGACCCAUCCCUUACAGAAAAUCCAUUCCUUGUAUGCUUGCUAGGUGACUUGCUUCCCCAUUUGAUCCCCAUUUAAUCAAUAUUACCUAUACUUGUAAUCUUAUUGGUUGAUUAUAGUUUUGUCCUGCCUCAUAACCACCUUGUGAUUUCCCAUUGGAUCAAUAUUACUUAAGUGACUGUACUUGUAAUCUUACUAGUUGACUAUAAUUUUGUCCCACCUUGAGCCCACCUCAGCUCGUGGCUUUGCUCCUCCAUAAAAUUCCCCUGGGAAAUGGCCCCUGGGCAACCCACUUUCUGGUCCCCCUUCUGUCUCUCUUAGAAGCUUUGUCUCAAUAAAUUCUCCUACUCAAACUUCCA